UGUAUGGAGUACUUACCUACGCCUUUCCUGGUAGAAAAAUGGAAAUGCUACAACUUAUGUGGAAUAAUGGCAACACUCGUCAGUUGCGUGCGUGCGAACGAGUUGAGCUGUUGUGUGGCAGUUCGCGUACUUUCAACAAAUUGACUUUCAACGCCUCGCUAUCUUCGCGUAGGCGUACACACACGAAGCAGAGACGGCAGCGGGCGGCGACAGCGGCACGCUCGCGGGAGACAGCACCGGCAGCAAGACGGACAGCGCGCGGCAACCGGGGCCCGCGCGCAUCGCCUCGGGGCGGACGCCAGUCCCCCCGCGGCGACGCUGGGUCCCGCCCUCAUCACUCAGACAUCACGACGUGCCCGACGGAGAUGCCAAGUACGACAUCAUAUUCCGCAAGGUUCGUGGUAUUCUCAACAAGCUCACGCCGGAGAAAUUUCAAAAGCUGAGCGAUGAUCUCCUCGGGCUCGAAUUGGACUCCGACAGGGUCCUCAAGGGCGUCAUCCUUCUCAUUUUUGAGAAAGCCCUGGACGAGCCUAAGUACUCGUCGAUGUACGCACAGCUCUGCAAGCGGCUCAGCGAAGAGGCUCCCAACUUCGAGCCGCCGGGUCAGCCGUGCACAUUUAAGCUUUUGUUGCUUAACAAAUGUCGCACUGAAUUUGAAAAUCGGACGCAGGCGUUCGCCGCUUUCGAAGAUAAAACGUUAUCGCCGGAAGAGGAAGAAAAGAGACACCUCGCCAAAUGCAAGAUGCUCGGCAACAUAAAGUUCAUCGGAGAGCUGGGCAAGCUCGAAAUCUUGUCCGAGUCAAUAUUGCAUCGAUGCAUUCAGAAUCUGCUGGCGCGCCGCGCUGCCGCCGAACAUCAGGAGGACUUGGAGUGUCUGGCGCAGCUCGUGCGUACGUGCGGCCGCGUCCUGGAUUCGGAGCGCGGCCGCGGCCUCAUGGAGCAGUACUUCGCGCGCAUCGAAACGCUCUCCCAGUCCAAGGAGCUGGCUCCGCGCAUCCGCUUCAUGCUGCGCGAUGUCGCCGAGCUGCGGCGCGGCGGCUGGGUGCCCCGCGCGGCGGCGGCCGGGGAGGCGCCCGUGCCGAUGGCGCAGCUGCGAGACGAAGAGCUGCCCCGGCGCGAGCCCCUGUUCCGGCGCGCUCGGCCGCUGGACGAGGUGCUGGCCCAGCUGCACCUGCCGGGCGCCGCGCCGGACGCGCUGGCCUUCCGGCGCUCUUCGCACCUGCACCUGUCGACGCCGCACAAGACGCCGCCCCCCGCCGCGCACAAGGAGUCCCGCCCGAAGGCUCGGCCGGCGCUGCACACGCACUUGGCCGACCUGCAGAUGCGCCCGGCCGCCAACUCGCUCAUGUUCACCGCCAACAAGCUGUCCAAGCCGGCGGGCCCGCAGCACCACGCGCCGCUGCCUCCCGUGCCGCAGAACGCGCUGUCGCCCUCGUUCGUGAGCUCCGCGCCGCGCUACAAGGAGCCCGCCAUCACAAUCAAACCGGCGCCGGAUAAAAAAGAGAAACCUAAAAAGGACAAGGGCGUGAGCAAGGAGGAGGCGUGCAAGCUGGCGGCGGAGGCGGUGGAGGCCGUGGCCGCGGACGGCGAGGACGGCGAGCUGGGGCUGGCCGCGCUGCGCCGCCUCGACGACGUGCCGGAGAAGGUGCUGCGGAGGGCGCUCGCCGGCGCGCUGGAGGCCGCGCUCUGCGCCGAGCCGGGCCGCGAGCUGGCCGCCGUGCUGGUCGUGCGCCGGGCCCGCCGCGCGCCGCACUCCGACGCCCUGCGCGCGCUGCUGCCCCAGCACCACCCGCGCCUGCCGCUGCUGCUCGCGCACGCGCUCACGCAGAAAUUGGUCACCUUGAGCGAGAUCGGGUCGUGGUGCGAAAGCGAACAACACCACCCGCUGCUGCUCGAGGUGCUGCAGGAAGUCCGCGAGCUGGUGGGCCUCGAGCGGCUGCGGCAGCUCUGUGCCGAGAGCAAGCUGAACCUGUGCGCGCACGCCGGCGUCGGGGCGGACGGCGCGCUGGAGGCGCUGGAGGCCCGCGGGCUGGCCGGCCUGGUGCCGCAGCUGCAGGUGCGCGCGGCGCUGGCCCGCCAGCUGGCCGCCGAGCCCGCGCCGCAGCCGCUGUACCGCUGGAUCAAGGCCAACGUGGAGGCGGCCGUGCGCCACACCGGCGGCUUCGUGUCGGCGCUGGUGGGCCUGCUGGCCGAGCACGUCACGGCGGGCGCAGACUCCGCGGCCGCCGCGCCCGACAAGGCGGCGCUGGAGCGCGAGAAGGCGCUGCUGGAGCCCUACGCGCCGCUGCUGCGCGCGCUGCUGGACGCCCGCCUGGACCUGCAGCUGGCCGCCGUGUACGCCGUGCAGGUGCACGCCCACGCCCACCACUACCCCAAGGGCAUGCUGCUGCGCUGGUUCAUGUACCUGUACAACAUGGAGGUGUGCGAGGAGGAAGCGUUUCUGCGCUGGAGAGAAGACGUGACCGACGCGUACCCGGGGAAGGGAGAGGCUCUGUUCCAGGUGAACACGUGGCUGACGUGGCUGCAGGCGCAGGAGUCGGAGGAGGAGGAGGCGGACGAGUAGCGACCGGCCGCGACUGCCGCUUUUGUUUCGCGCUCAUCUCAUUAUAUAAAUAAAGUAAAUAUGAUUAAGCCGAAUAGUUAAUACCCCGGCCCCCGGGGCCCCAGUGCGUCACAUAGGACAAUUUUUAGGUUACAACGUGAACGAAUAUAUUAGUAUCUCGAGAUAAUUUUUUGUAGGCCUUUACUCGAUUUUGAUACUUUUACAAAUGUAUACAAUUGUAGUGUUCGUUUGGACGUAUGGUUGCACCCCGGCCUGCCCCCUCCCGUUCUGAGCGUGCUUUAGUUGAAAUUGUAUAGAAUAUAUCGAUGAAGAACUUAAAUCAAUUUUAUAAUUAUCAUGAUCGUUUAUUUUCAAUGCUAAAUGGAUUUAGUGGAAUAACUCAGAGAAUGCUUAAAUUUCACAAUAUUAUCAAAUUUUAGAAUUUAUAACUACUUAGAUAAAUUAAAAAAUGUGAAUCGGUUUCCUCGGGCAUAAGAAGUGUAUGUGGAAUGAGUCGUAACGAAGUUGUGAGAUGUUUGCAUAAUAUGCAAGUUUAUAUAAGUACCAUCAGUCAAUAUGUAUUCAGGAUGAAAUAAACUUCAGUGUAAUUUAU